GCGGCCACGUCACACCGCGCCACGCCACUGCGGUUCGGUGGGGUCAGGGAAGGCCCGGCACUUUCUCGCUGUGCACGUCCCGCCCAUUAGUGUUACGCCUCUUUCCUGCCCCGAUAGCUCCGGAUCCAUCGCCACUGUCCGCUCCUCGCAUGGAUUCCCUUCCCGUGCGGGGACGCACCGAAGACCAAGCGGCCACUUCCGCGAAAGUCCUCGCCCUCGUUACGCCACUUCUGGUAGCCGUCUUGGGCGCCAAGGUCCCUGUUCGCAAUGUCGACGACGGAAAAGACGACGAUACCCGUCCCUUGGUUCUUGCGUCCUCGGUCGGCGCAUGGACCGUUGGAAGAGGUUGCGCCGUGGGCUUCCUGUUCUUUCGCCUCGCUUUCCCUCCUCCUCCUCCUCCUAUGACAGUAGUAAAUCCUGCCUCGUCGGCCGACGACUCCACGGUCAACCGCGAGAUGUCUCUCGCCGACCGCAAUCGUGCUUAUACGGUUUUUGCGGCGACGCCAGCGUCCGUAGCUGGGGGAUCGAUUCCCCUAGCAUUAUUUCUCGCCAACACUCCUCCAACUUGCGGAGGAACAGGAUCUCGAGAACCUCUAGUGGAUCUCGAGGUUCUAGACCACCAAAUCUAUCCGUUUUCUUGGUUUGUGUAUUACUCCCCGACCCGUCGGGACAGCGGAAACGGCGCGAUGCUGACCAGGGGUGUGGGGGUGGUGGGGGAGGAGGACCCAUAAUCGUUCCCGUUGGGGCCCCGGGAGCAUUUUCUUUCGCCCCCCUCGUAGAGGUGAUGCCCACCUCUUGUCCUUCACCGUCGUUGUUAUCAUCUUUGGCUGCCCUCUCCGUGCAUUGCUUGGUCAGCCGUUCCACCGUCUCUUGGAGACGACUGACCUCUCUCUCCAGAAUACCUUCGCAGGUAUGCGACGUCCUCCUCUUCCUGAUCGUGGGUCGGUCCGCGUCCUUCACGGUCGCUUGCUUGUCGACCGGUCUGAUCCUCGUUUCGUCACUCCGCGUGUCGUCGCCGCCGUCGGCACCGUCGCAGAUUUUAGAGGCGGCGGCGGCCACGGUGGCACCUCGGCGUCGAUUUCGGUGUCGGUAUCCGUCCCCAUCUCCCUUUUAUCGGGAGUCGGCAGUAGCGCGCAGUCCGGAUCCCCCGCGGACGCGUCCCCGCGCCUCCGCCGCGACCGUUGGCGCAUUUCCUAGCGAAAGCGUCUCCCCGCGACUGAUCGAAAAUACAGUAUGCUUGUACGAAUUUCAACAAAAUUGCAGUGGGUUACAAUGGACUACAAAGGGGGAGGGAAGUGCAAUGAAUUAUUACGAUAAAUUGUAAGGGGUGUGAAGUGGGAUGAGGUGAUAGGAGAAUUGCUGUGAGUGGAAUAGUAUUAAGUGAAUAUCAGGGUGUAUGUUACAAGGGAGUCGACGUGGAUUACGAUCGAGUGAGUGAGUUACAAUAUGUUUGGGUAUAAUUAAAUGGUAAUAUCCUCGCUGAACAAAAAUAACUGGAAUAAUUGGAGGAUCUAAUGUUAAAUGUGAGAGAAACAAGAAGUGUAAUGCUCGAUAACUGUGGCGUGAUGAGUCAUAGGCGAACAAUAACAAAGAAUAUAAAGCAAUAAAUUAUUGAAUUAUUGAAUUAAAAUAUGGAGAGGAGUUGGUAAAGUCGAGUAUCUAUAGAAAAUGCAAUUACGAAUCUCAAUUUAAAUGAUAAAACUUUAAAAGGAAAUAAAAUUAGAACUGAAUUAGAAGAAGCCAGAGUUAAAUAAAAUAUAAUAAAGAGUGGUAAUAUAAUGGAGGAGUAUUCUACGUAAUAUAAUUGAAGAACUAUAUAAAUAUAAAGUUUUAAGAAGAAAUUUA